AUGCCCAGCGACGACCAACUGGGACCUCCGUCCUUUCAGGCGGUUAACAAAAUGAGCUCCAGGCCAAAAGGUCCAUUGGGCGUGAACGGUGUUUCUUCUUCGCGGCCACCGGCAUCCAGCAUCGUAUUUCUCUCCAACAGCCCCACGCCGGUGCAAAGCAUCCCCAACACUGGCUUUCAGUUGCCAUCGAAUACUAAUGCCACUGCCGCUUCCGAAAACGCGCAAGCUGAGAGUGGCAGAUCAUCGCCUAGGUCCUCUGAAGGGCGGUCAGACGGAGAGGCAUCCCGUUCCCCCACGAAGAACAAGAAGAAGAAGGGCCAGAAGUUCUUUUGCAAAGGGUAUGGGUCUUGUAAUUUAUCUUUUACCCGGAGCGAGCAUCUGGCGCGACAUAUCAGGUAAGUAGGAGACCUACCCUUAUCUUCCACGCCCUCCCACACGGGCAUAUUUAUAUGUUUGCGGUGCAUUUAUUGAGUGAUUGCGCAGAAAACAUACGGGGGAGAGGCCUUUCAAUUGCCACUGCGGUCGUGCCUUCUCCCGUCUGGAUAAUCUCCGACAACACUCUUCGACGGUUCACGCAGACGAGCCAAUACCGGAUGAUUCGUUGGCAGCUGUAAGCAGCCGCUAUCAGCGGCACCAGAGGACCGAGCGUACCCGACAAACCCCCCGCAUAACCAACCGCUCUAAGCCCCGCUCGAAUUCGGGCCCCAAACCUCCCACUUCAGGAUCCGGAUUAUCAGGGCAUUCACAGCCACAAACCCCACCACAGCCUUCACAACCUUUGGGGGCCACGCAGGCUCCAGGGGCCUUUGCGGACCCCCCGGCAAAAUAUCAAUCAGGUUUACAGGAUUCGUGGGGGGGGGUCGCGGGGCCUAGAAGUUAUGGCGGAGUCUCACAGGUUCCACAGACCCCACAUAAUCCUCCACCACAUUCAGUGGAGAUGCACCAGAGGCACGAGUCGCGCCAUAGAAAUCGACCCGAACCGAUAAUGUUGCCGGACCUCACAUCUCCAUUUGAAAAUUAUCGAAACAAUACACCACCUGAAUCACCUGCUUCCGUGCUUGGUUCCCGUGAGAAUUCGUUUUAUCAGGGUCGGCGAGCGUCAUUCACCCAACCGCUUGCGUCAAACAUGACAACCCCUACAUCGGCGACAUUUACGGGCGCCAAUGAAAGCCCGAUUGGGAGCCCCAUUUUCCCGCCUCUAAAUUCAGCAAAUUCUUCUGUGAUGAACUCCCCUGCAUCAGCUUUCCCUUCGACACCUUCGUGGGUCUCAGGGACACGGCACCCUGGCCGAAGGCUCUCGGUCCCUGGCUCUGGAUUGCACGGCGACAGGACGCUCCCAAUACCAUUACCAGGCCCACCUCUCAGGUAUCGUACCACGGCUGCCCCUGCCCCUGGCACUGCCGCUUCCUUGCGGGCCCGUGUGGGGAUGACCAUGUCUCCCGAAGAGGAGGAAGAGAAGAUUAAACGUCGGAGGACGUGGCAUGAGUCUGGGCCAGAGGCCUCAGUGGCUCGGGAACUGCUCUCUCCGUCCAACACAUCUGCUUAUGGUAUCGGAGGGCAGGGUGGAUCCCAAUCCCAUGCUCAACUUCCCGCGAUCUCAAGUCUUCUCAAUUUGAAUGAUACAUCUCCACCGCUACGACACACUCCACCCCCAAGGAGAGCGCCGGUGGAGCCAGAGCCAACCCACGAUCUUAGCAUAAGGAUGGCUUCACUGGGUGGGGGUUUAAGAACAAUGUCGAGCAGGACGAUGAAAGGGCAUUCUAGAUCCCAGAGUGAUGACUUCAUGUCGGGCAACUCCCGGCACGGGCAGAGGUGGGGAAUGCAUUCUGCUGACCCACCCGGUGUCCGCUGGUCCGGGGAUACGAGGGAUAGCGUCAGCCAGUCAUGGAAUAGCCCCGGCAGCAGGCGGGAGCCGAAUGGCCACCUUCCAGGAAUCUUAAGUUCACCGCGACACCCGGAACCUCUGAGGCAGCCAUUCACUUAUCCAAGCAGCAGUAGCGGGGCGCAAAGCGGGUGGGGGCGUAAGCGCUGCCAUAGGGAUUCGGUUGGGAGUGGGGAAGACACGAGUGGAAGCGAAGGAGUUGUUACGCCAUCAACGAAUGAGGAAUUGCACCCUGGGAUUGUCGGAGAAGGAGCUGCAGAGGUUGACGAGCCACACAUUGUGAGGCUUCCUUUCCGCUUCCCACCCCUUUGAAUCUCUGUGCUGACAAAGUUUUAGAGCCAUCACAAGCCAAUGCCUAUUGCCAUGACUCCCGGCACUUCAACAGGGAGCGCGCAUCCUGAUACCCCGGUCCGGGACUCUGGAUCCUUUAGGCUCGAUGUGCUAGUUUCCGCAGCGGCAACAAUGGUAGCCGCGGAUAUUGCUGGGGCGGAACGCCAACGGCCCAGACCUUAGCGAGGAGCAGUAAUUUUUUUGCCUUCCUCCUGGUCCCCUCAGGUGCCCAUUCUCGCCCGGAAACGGUGUCAUUUGUUUUUCGAAUUGUGAAUAUUGCCGUCCCCCCCCCCUUCCUCUCCUCGAGCCAUAAAUUAGUCCCUUUUUUGAAUGGGCCCAGGACAAGCGAUUGAUUUUCGUUUGUUGUAUUCUUUGUUUUCAUGCCUUGGAUCUUUCACGCAGCCAUUUGAUUUGAUUCAUCCACCUUUCUUUCCAUCUAUUAUUGGCGGCUCUGAUAUGAAUGACUUUACGAAUCUGCAUGCGUCCAUCACGACAUCGACAGCUAGUUUCAUUUCUUUUUCCCCUUACUUGAUCACUGCGGAAGCGACUUGCUUCUUAUUUUGACCUUCUCUCAUGUUUUACAUAUUUGUUAUGAUUAUAUGGCCAUUUGAAUGUCUCGGGGGGUUCACGAUAUCUUGGCUUCUGGCAUCGACUCUCUGGGUUUUUUCCUCCUUUUCCUUUUCUAGGGACGGUUUUUUUUUUCUUCUUUCAUUUUCCAUUUGUUGGGAGGGUCUGUUUUGAGUUAUCGGCUGGUUUGGUUGGCACUUUGAAUUUGAUCUUUAUCGCACUCUUGUUUUGGUUCCGCGAGGGAUUCAUCUGCCCCUUUUUACUGCUUUCCCAUUUUCCAUUUCGUUGUUUAUACUUUACUUUCUCCCUUUCCCCCCCUCUACCAAAUCUAGGUGGUUUUCAUUCCCUCCCCCUUCUACCUUUCGCCGAAGGUUCCCCUAUACUCUCUACCGAUGGUGGGCUCCUAUUGCACAAUCUCUUUUUUCCCCAUCAUUUUCUUGCCAUUUUUUCCCCCAACAUUUUCUGAGGUUUGUUGUGCGCACACACACAUUGUUCUUUACCUGGGUGGCUAACUGUCGUUUCGCGUCCUGUUUGAUUUUUUUGCUUUCGGAUUACUACCCUUCUACUCAUCUAGGGUCCUUUUUUUCUUCCCAUUUUCUUUUGAAGGGUAGAUUAUACAUAUAUUUGAAUAU